AUGGCUGUAACUAGAGGAGCUAUUUUCGGUACUGGCGGAGGAGCUAACCGUCUUUAUGCGAUCACUAGUCGCCAAGAGCAAGAGAACUCUCCAGAUGUUAUCACUGAUAUGAUUAAAAUCUUUACUCUUGAUGUUUAUGCUUUACUAGACCCAGUAGCAAAUUUGGAGCCUAUGGAUAUCAACACAGUCGCAAUCUCUCUGCCGAGUGAAAUUUCUAGUUCUGAUGUAACGACUUUGGAAGGACAUACAUCUAAGGUUUUUGGUUGUGCUUGGAGUCUAGAAGGGUCUUUUCUUGCAUCUGGGUCUGAAGACUCUACUACUAGAAUUUGGUCUAUUGGAGAUGGUCCAUGUAACUAUACUAUCAAAACUCGAAAAAUUGAGAAAAACAAGAAUGUUACGACACUUGAUUGGAAUGUCCAUUACUUGAUGUUGAUUGGCAUAAUCUAUGUUGGUCCAUUACCAGUCAAGAGAUUCUCAGGAUAUCAGAAUGAAAUCAAUGCUAUCGAGUGGGACCCCUCAGGUUCUCUGCUGGCUUCGUGCUAUGAAGAUACCACAUUUAAGCUAUGGAGCAUGAAAGAGGAUGCCUGCUUGCAUGAUUUCAGAGAACAUCACAAAGAGAUAUCUACCAUCAAAUGGAGUCCAACUGGUGUUGUUACAAGCAAUACGAUACGAAUCAACAGUUUGUUGGCAAGAUUUGAUUCUGGGUAA